AUGAUGAUGACUAAACCAAUGGAAAUAUGGCAGCCUACAAUUCUCAUCGCCAUCGGGGCCCUCACUAUCUUUGCUGUGAAUAGAGGGCGAAAGCGCGAUGAACGUAGUCGUAUUGAGACGGCAGAGGAAAUGAAAUCACGUCGAGCAGCUGAGAAAGCAGCACAGGAUAUGUUAUCGCACGCACGAGGUGUUAAGGGAGCUCAGGGGAAGAUAGUACUACGCGGACCGGCUGUUGUUACUCGAGGAAGAACUCCACUACGGCUGCACUAUUUCCCCACGAGAAAUCGCGCAGAAGUGGCGAGACUACUCCUUGAGAUAGGCCACGAGCCGUAUGAAGCCGUUUGCUACUUCUAUCAGACCUUCUUGAAUAGCCGUUCGCAAUUUCCCUUCGGUGACUUACCUGUAUUGGAGCUGGCUGAUGGCACAAUGAUCGUGCAGCAACAUACGAUUGUUCGCUAUGUUGCUGAUAUCACCAGAAUGAACGGCGGUAGAAACAGAGUGAAGCAGGCUAAAGUGGAUAUGUUGUUCGAGCAGCUGAUUGAUAUGUUCGAGUCGCAUACCUUCUCCUGGGAUGCUCUGAAGAAGAACACUUUCAAGGAGAGUAUAUUUGAUGUCCCCGACGUUCGAUCUGUCAGCGAGAUGUCACUUGCAGACGGCGACUUGUCACCGUGGAAGUACUCUGUAAUGGUGCUUAAAACAUUUGAACAACUCCUUCGUAAGAAUAAUGAGGAUAGUAAGGAGUGGAGAUGGCUGGAUGGUUCUACUAAGUUAUCCUAUGCUGAUAUCUAUCUAUUUACUAAACUAUAUGAACUGAGUGAAGUGGAUCAAUGCGGACCUGAUUACGGUAUAACUUUUGAAGUUCCGUACUUGGUCCAGUUGCAGGAGAAGAUCGAGGUGGUGGAAUCACCACAACGAUUUGGUAUCCUCACCCUCGACACCGGGGGACUAGGGAAGAGGGCCUCUUCAAGAGCGAGUAAUGAUAUCGGCAGUGUGGAUGAAAGCACAGCUGACGUCAACCCCAACCAUCCCACCACUAACACAACUUAA